UAUUAGCGCUUUCGAUAAUUACCGAACCUUCGUUUCUACUACGAUAUUCUUCCUACAUCAAACUCGUACGUAUAACAGCUAGGCUGCUACGAUUCUUUUAUAAUCUUCGCAAAACUCGCAAGGAAGACCGUCAUAGUGGACCGCUCACCACUAACGAACUUCAGCAAAGUCUCUUUCGAAUUGUUCACAUGGUACAGUGUGAAACAUUUGGCUCGGAAAUUCGAUGUAUUAAAUCUAAAAUCAACAUACCCACAACAAGCAAACUAGUCAGUUUGACACCUUUCCUAGAUGGAAACGUAACAAACCUUCGUUAGUCUCUCAAUUGAUGGGAGACCUGCCCGCAAAACGUGUAAAUCCACCUCAACGCGCAUUUGUUGCAACUGGAGUGGACUACACAGGUGCCAUCGAAAUAAAAUCGUCGAAGUAUAGAGGGCACACGGUGUAUAAAGGUUACGUAGCCAUAUUUAUAUGCCUUGCAACCAAGGCCGUGCACCUUGAAGCCGUCACUAGCAUGUCUACCGAGCAUUUCUUGUGGGCGCUACAGCGUUUCAUCGGGCGACGUGGCCUUUGUCAAGACAUCUAUAGUGACUGUGGCACCAACUUCAUUGGUGCAGAUGGCAUUCUAAAAACUAAUUACCAAAAAUUUCGAGCCGACUUGGAACGCGAAGUCAUCCCAAAACUGACUGACCUACAUAUUCAAUGGCAUUUUAAUCCACCUCAAUCUCCCAACUUUGGGGGACUUUGGGAAGCCAAUGUAAAAUCAAUUAAAUACCAUUUGAAACGAGCUGUCGGUGGAACCCGGUUGACAUACGAACAGCUAUCUACAGUCUUGGUUCGUAUUGAGGCGUGCCUUAACUCUAGGCCGUUAUGCCCACUUACCUCCGAUCCAGAUGAUCUUUUGGUGCUCACACCCGGGCACUUCCUAAUCGGCGAUGCUUUACUGUCACCACCGGAAUCGGCUCCUGAAAACAAAUCGUUGUCUUUACAAUAUUUUGAGCUCCAAAGAUUGGUUCAACAAUUUUGGAUAAGAUGGUCCUCAGAUUGGCUCUCGCAUCUUCAAGCGCGUCCCAAAUGGAGACAACAAGAACAAAAUUUAGCAGUCGGUGAACUUGUCUUGAUAAAGGAUGAUCGAUUACCACCCAAUCAAUGGUUAUUGGGGCGUAUUACGGAACUACAUCCCGGAUCAGACCACCUUGUUCGUGUCGUCACUGUUCGUACGCCAAACGGUCUUUACAAGCGUCACCACGGUGCCUCAACAAACUCGCUGUCAUCAAAAAACAAACGUUCAUCAUAAUGCUGGAGACAGCAUCGGGGGCGGCAUGUACAAUUUGCAGCGAACACUUACGCAACUCACUGUGCUACAUCAGUUAAACACAGUCUCCCCUUCGGUACCGCCACUGUCUACGCCAGCUGGAGUAACAACUUGCACUUGCUAAGCAGUAUACUCGUUCUCUACAGUCCGCUUAGCUUCACUCACGAUGUAACGGAAUAUCACCAACUUGCUCAGCUACACCUUUAUGCAUACUCCCACUCCAUGCAAGGGACGGUUAAGCUUGCAUGGCUCUGGAAGCUGACGAGGAAAUUCAGUACAAGUAAACAGCGGCCAGAAACACCACGGACGGUGGUGUUCACAUCGUUUACUUAUAGUAUAUCAACUAAACAUAUAUAAUUGUACACAAUAAAUAUCAUCUUAUUAACGACAAAGGAGCGAUCAUUUGUGUGAAGAACAGUUCAUAGGGACCCCGUUACUAUAGUAUUCGUCAAUACUACACACUACCCCUUUUUCGAAGUCGGCUACAAAUGUUUGA